AUGACAACAAAAGGUGGUGUAAUUCAAUCACCAAUGUCUGAUGGUGGAAAAAAAAUUAAUUUAAAAGAAGAUAGCAAUGUAGAGGAUUUCAAUAAGGAUGAUCAUACAGGUUGGGAUUUCAGUAGGACUAUCAAAUAUAAAACAUUGCACAAGAACGACGUCAAGAGAGGUCAGCUUAUCGAUGAGAUAUCCGAUCUCAGAGAUGUCUUGAGAAAGUCUGUGAUUGGUCCGUUGUCACGCGAGAUCUUGCAUGACCAAGUAUACACACUGCCAGAGGAGUACGACAAUCUCGAUGAUGAUCUCGACUCGAAUCAUGGUGGUAGUCAUCAUCACCACCACCACCACCACCACACAGAUCUGCCUCAUUCCAAGAGUAAUCUAUCGCUCUCUUCGAUAUCGUCCAGUGCCAAGGCAGCGGCGACACUCAUACCAACCGAAGAGGAAACACGUUUCUACGAGACAAUCGAGAAGGAUCUAGAUGAUUUAACAACAAGUUAUAACAGUAGUAAUAGUAAUAAUAAUAAUAAUAAUAACAACAAUGGUGGUAACAACAACAACAACAACAAUGGUGACAAUCAUGAUAACGAUAAUGUUACUAUCAACAAAGAAAAGUUACUCACUCUUAUGAAGGAGUAUAAGAAGAGUAAGGAUGUCGCUAAAGAUCAUUCCAGUGUAAUUGUAGAUCUAGAUAAUCAACUCAAUGAGAUUAAAGGUGAUUUGGAGUUGAAGAAAAAGAAGAUUCAGUUGUUAAAGACAACCAACAACACACCUAUUAAAUCAACCGGUCAGAAACCACCCAUCAAUACAACAACAGCAACAACUACUACCACAACUACUACUGCUACUGCUACACCUAAUACUAUUAGUGGUGCAACUAAAUCUGUUAUUAAUAACAGUGGAGAAUUCUCACCAAACACUGGUAGAAAGCGAUCACCUACAAUCACACCAAAUCAUCAAAUUCAACAACAAUAUCAACAACAACAACAACAACAACAACAACAAUUCCAACAACAAGCUAAUAAUAACAACUCAUCACCAUCAUUGUUAAAGAGAGAAUCAGCAUUGAAUACAUCGAUUAAUAAUCUACUUCAUACUGCUGCGACCAGUGUUAUCACAGAGGAUAUCAAUCAAAAGAUAUCAGAGGUGUUGAACAAUGCAAAGUAUCGUAUUGAAAGAAUACAGUUUAAGAAUAGAGUGUUGUUGACAUCCAGUCUUCACAAUCUAUCGACAGAGAUUCACCAGAUACUCGAACGUCGUAUCACAAAGAAGCAAGUCAACACCGAACUCAAACAAAACGCACAGAUCGUAGCAGACUGCGAUGCCGUUCGCAAUACAAUUCUCACGUUCAUGACCGAUCUUGCACAGCAGUAUCAAAUGCUAGAUCUCUCCAUAGAGGAGGCGUCCAAGAAGAAGAAGUUCAAAUCGAAAGAGAAGUCAAAGAAGGUGCUGGAACUCGAGAAACAAAAGAAACAAGUCGAAGCCGCCAUUGCAUUCUUGAAGAUCGAGAAGCGCAGUGUCCGUGAGUUGCGAGAUCGUUUCGUGUCGGUGUGCAACGAAGUCACCAAACUCUACGAGCACUGCAACACGAUCGAGCGUGACCUCUCAAAGUGGGACAUCGAGCUGGAGCGUCUCUACCUCAAGAUUCGCGAGGGCUACUUUAGCGACUACUUUAAGCUGCACCCGGUAUUCCAGUCGUGCAGUGCACGCAUCAAAGAUCACUACUACAUCAAGCAGGACUUGAUUCGUGAGCUUGCAAGACGUGAGGCUGCGCGCAUCGCCUCGGAGAUCUACGUCUCUGGAAUCGUGCAGAUUCUCGAGUGCGGUCCCGAUCUCAUCACCGACGAGCGUAUGGUCGAUGUUGCUCGUGUGCGUGGAUUAGAACACCAAGUUCACAUGCUCUACCACGCGCUACACGACCAACAAACCGAGAAGUCAUACCUGUUGCACGCCACCAACGAACAUUCCGUUCCUCAAUACUCUAACCAUAUAAUACCAAACAGUAAUAGUAAUAGUUUAUCAAAUAUUAAUACAAAUGGAAUACAACAACAACAAAGAUCAUCACCUUCAAAUACUUAUAAUAACAAUAACAAUAGUAGUAGUAAUAAUGUUACACCUCUAACGAAUAAUACUAGAACUUCAAGUUUGAAUAAUUUACAUGUUAAUAAUGUUGAGUCAGAGAAGAAGAGCAAUAGUAUUGGUAGUUCCAAUGGUUUGGUUGUUAAUAAUAUGAAUGGUAGCGGAAACUCAAUAGGCAAAAACAAUAACAAUGUAAAUACUCAUAGCAAUAUAACAUCACCUUCACCACUGAACAUUUCACAACCAACUUCCAAUUUGACGGCGAACGGCGGUGUCAAACCAACGACAACACCAAUCUCAUCACCAAUCAUCAAACCGGCACCCAUUGUCGCACCACUUCAAACAUCAACAACAACUACAACCUCUUCAACUCAAUUACCAACAACAACGACAACAACAACAGCUCAAACACAACAACCAUCUUCAUCAUCUUCUUUUAAACCAAAACCAGCUGCUAUCUCAGUUGUAACACCACCUUCUCAAGCUGUUAUAAAUUCUAAACCAACUACAACUACAACAACUACUACUACUAAAUCACCACCACCAUCAACAUCAACAUCAUCGAGUGCCAAUAAACCACCAGGUUCAUUUGUAAUGGAGAUUAUGAUUCUAAAUCAUGAACAGUUGUUCCCAGCGAAUAUAAAGAAUCAAACAUCGCCAAUCCUCAUGAAAACAUCUGGUUAUCUCGAUACUAUUAGUGAUCUCACGUCAGAACAGCUUAUUCAGAGUGCUCAGAUUGCGAGCAACGAGGGUAAGGUCUACUCUGACUCACUCAAGGUCAAUGGUAACACAAUGGGAGGUGACCAAGUCGAUGUCUACAUGGCAUCGGAACUCCUCAAGCAUUUCUUUAAAACAGUCGAUCCAUUCCUCUCAAAAUCACUCUUCCAAGAAUGGUUAUUAGCAGAAAGAUUAGAAAAUCAAGAAGAUAGAAUACAGUCGAUUAAAGAAUUAAUAAAGAAGUUAUCGGAAGAGAAUAAAGCAAUCAUUGGAUCACUAUUAAGAUUGAUUAACAAGGUAGCACAAAGAUCAAUUAGCGAUUCACCAAAUCAUAAUCCAAUACCAUCAUUGGCAAGAGCAUUUUCAGAAUUGGUUCUAAGAACUACUAAAUAA